AUGGCCAGCGUCGUAUCAUCAUCCCCAUCUCGCUCUUCAACUUCUUCACCCACGGGUUCACGACCAUCCACACCAUCCUCUCAAUCAUCACCGUCCGAGUUUCUAGCUAACGACCUCUCAUCUCCUUUAGCUUACGGGGGAUGGACACUAUUCUCCAAGAUUCAGCAGCCUGUAUCCCCCUCAGCCUUGUUCGACACAGAGAAAAUCCCUUCAUCUCUCGACAACCUUUCCGGUCUUGACAUCUAUGUGCACGGCUCUGAGGAUCGGGGGAUGCUUUUGGAGGACAUAAUGCAAGAAGAUGCCUAUGAGAAUGGGCCUUCUGCGACGAACGUCUACCACGUUCAGCCCCAGCAACUGCUUGUAUCUGGAUUCGAGCCUCAUCUACCUCAUCAUAAUCCUGCGUUCCCUCCGUCACUCACAUCAUUAACAUCCUCUCCGCCUUCCCUCACUGUCCGUCUCCCCUCCGAUGAGUCCCAGCCUUCCAAUGAAAUCAGUGAGAAAAUCUCAAAUAACGCGAGCAAGCGCUCAGCCAGCUCAGUCUCCACCUCCGAAUCAUUGGGCAUAACGACACAUUCUUCAAAUACAGGGUCUUCCGAUGGGGCGAGUCUCAAAAGUCUCCUUGUCACUGUCCCCAAUGCAACGUGUCCAAACGCACCUGUCAUAACUCCUCCACAAAACAACAUUUCCAACCUACCGAUCCUCAUCCACAACGUCCCUCACGUUGGCGCCAAGUCUCGUGUCGAAACUCAAAUAAAAAUGACACUCGAUCUAGCGUUACCUUCCCAGCCAGCCUAUACGUCCUAUGAGAGAGUGGGGAGCUGGAAGUGGAUCAAGCUUCCAAAGGGAACUUCUACGCGACGACGACCUCGUAAAGAGGCGAAGCCUGAUGCUCGUCCUGAGGACGCACUUUCCUUGUCUGUGGCUGUUACUUGCGCGUCGGACCCUUCAAUGUCCGUCCUGGCCUGUACAAAUUGUCUGACGCGUGAAGCUAAACGUACCGAGCGCAAGAAAGCCGCCAGGGUGCGUCCUGUUCGCCGGGAUUCUUCCGAUUCAGAGGAUGGCGAGGAUGGCAAUGGCGGUGGGAAGGAUGGCGUCAGGGGGAACAUUGUCGUGUUCAAUUGCCCUGAUCUGAACGAUUUCUCAGAAGGGCGAGUGGUGUUACCUGUGAGAGUGACCUGCUAUUGUAGGCAUCAUCGCGAGAAACUGGGAUUUAGGAUUGCCUUCACAAUGACCGAUUGGCAGGGUCGUGUUAUUGGUCGUGGAAGUACGCCACCCAUUAUGAUUACCGACGAUCAUAAGAGUGUUGUGAAGGCUGCGCCUGCUUCCGCAGCUGCGGUUCCCCCGCUAGCCUCCUCUGCCAAAGAAGAGCAGGAUGAAAGUUCGACAGCAAGACGGAAGAAACGAGCGAGGGAUGAUGGGAUGGAUGACGUUCGUGUCAAACGGCGAGCCAAGGAGUCGUCUCCCAGUCUCAUGAGUGUCAGCAACUCUGUGACUGGAUCUCCACUAUUACAUCAAGCUCUGGCAAGUGGAGCAGCGCACAAUGGCGAGUCAUGGUGUCCACCUGUGUCGAUGAAAGGGCGAUCGUCUCAAUCCCCUUCUGCAUUCACCACCGCUCCGUCGUCGCCUCAAAUGAUGACUUUACCAUCACCGUCCGCAUCCAGCGCAGGAGUUUACUUGCAUUACCCUGUUACAUCUCAAGUGACCCAACCUGAACAAAAUCAGACGCCGACUCAGACGCAGCAGAUGCCCACUCCAGCGAGCACGACGCUCGAUACCGAUGCCUUCAUCCAGAACCCAGAGAACAUUGAUGGAUUUGCAGCCACUCUCGCCGCAGCUGCAGCUAGUGCCGAGUCUCAUCGUAGCUCGUCUACGAAGCCUUUCGCCUCGUCGUCUCUUGAAAUGACCAUGUCCACUUUGUUCAACACCGCCUAUCCCUCUCCUCCAUCCUCACUUGUUUCACUGCCACCGCAGAUUCAUCGCCUCAUCCCGUCUAGUGGACCCACCCAUGGUGGGAUUGAAAUUACCGUUCUUGGCUCUAAUUUCCUGCCAACACAUCAGUGCGUAUUCGGAGAUACAGUGGCGACUUCAACACAGAUGUGGAGUGAGAAUACUCUGGUGUGCUUGUUGCCUCCGAGUGCAGCUCCGGGACCGGUGGUUGUGAGCUUUGAGGGCAUACCGUUGAACGUGGGAGGCGGUGGAGGCUCUGGCGAGGGUGGUAAUCUGCCGUUAUUCAACUAUUUGGACAAUUCUGAUCGAGCAUUGAUGGAGUUAGCCCUUCAAGUUGUCGGUCUUAAGAUGACGGGCCGAAUCGAAGAAGCCAAGAACGUCGCCAUGCGCAUCGUCGGCAACAGUUCGCCCACUGGAGGCGAUGACGUGCUUUCUACAGGAGCGUUAUCCCCUGGCCACAGUCUCACAACUAGUGCCAGCACCGUUGCACGUUCCGUUCACCACUUGCACUCGUCGGUCACGGAGCACAGCGCCCUCCUUGCGCAUUCAUCCAGCCGGGAUUUCCAAUCCGUAAUCAUCGAGUUUCUUGGUUUAUUGGAUAUCCAAGUGCCUGCUGCGUCAGCUGUUAGCGCCCGAGAGGCUAUUUCACAUUCUAGUCCUUCGGGCCAGACCAUGCUCCAUCUUAGUGCACUGCUUGGUUUUCACCGUCUCCUUAAGCAUCUCAUUCAGCGAGGUAUCGAUGUUGACGCUCGAGAUGCUAACGGUUAUACGGCUUUGCAUUUCGCCGCCCUGUCUGGUCGACUGGCAUGCGCUAGGUUCCUGGUGGAAGGUGGCGCCGAUGUAGAAAUUGUCGAGGCUCGCGGCCGGACUGCGCGCGAAAUUGCACGGUGGAGGGAUCAGAUUGAUGUUGAACUUCUCUUGCAAGACGCUGAGCAGCGUGCGAUGGUUGCCCAAGCUGCUGCACUCGCUGACCAGGGUGCGGAAGGAGGCGAGAGUGAACUUGAAGACGCAGAGGCACAUACCGAGGAAGACUUUGCUGAUGAGGAAUAUGUUGACUCUGAAGAUGCUUCAUGGGACGGAAAUGAAGAGCUUACUUCACCCACAACCACUAUUAAGCCCUUCCGUCGGGAUACUGGUGAUGUCGAGGGACUCGAUUUAUCUGAUGUCCCUUCUUUGAACGACAACCGCCCUUUGCAUCUAUUCUCGGCGGAUAUGAAGCAGUCCUUUGACGUCCCACCAACUACGUCAUAUCCCGACGAGAAGAAACAUCCUCUCCCCUCUGAAAAGUCCCCUCAAUCUCUUUUCCACCGCACACUCUCCCACCUUCAUCCCCCACCACUUCCCACCCUUCCCAACAUGCCUGGUUUACCCAUGCCACAAUGGGCUGUCCUUCCGAAUCAGCUCCAGUUCCCACACCUCGACCUCGGCCUACAUAUGCCCGAAAUACCCAUGGUGUUCCCCGUUCAUAUCCCGACCCCUUCAUGGCCCGCGGCAUUCCAAUGGCAAGGCUCUGGAGGCGAGAAGUUAGCGGAACGAAACCAACAGCAGCAGCAGCAGCAGCAAGGUCAGCAGAACUCUUGGGGGGGAUACGAUUUCGCGUCGCCAUGGUUUGGGCUGCAUCCUAAUCGAUGGCCGACAUUUUCCACACAUGCACCUGCAGCUGCCGAGAAGUCAAAUGAGCACCUACCGAAAUAUACUCCGAAGCCAGACCAUCCUACCGUCGGCGCUCCACCCACGCCUGAUGAUCCGUCUAGCCCUAGUUCAACGACCGUAACGGAAGGCGAGAGUGCCGGUACCGCCAGUGGUACAUCGACGCCACGACCCUCCAAUGCAAUCAGGGGUAAGCUAGCUAGAAGAUUAGGCUAUGGGGCACCUCGUACCACGGAGCGUGGAAGUCGGACUCAUAAUAAACAGACAGAGAAAUCAAAGCUGGACACCAUGUUGGUCCUCUUCUGGAUACCUAUCCUCUUGAUCGUGAUUGCCUACGGGUUAUACCAAGGCGUCCCCGCUUUAAUGGCUUCGGUCGAAGACUUGGCAAAAACUUUAAGAUUCUAUGCCUGCCUGUGUCUUAUCCCGCUUGUACAACCUAAGGAUGACUUCUUAGCCCAAUAUUUCAAGUUCCAAAGUUCCACGUAA